AUGAUGCCUGUAAGAACUACCUCAGAGCAACGAAAAGCUCGCAUCGGAGAAGAAAAUAUCGCUGACGCAUUGAAUGAUAACAUCAUAUUGACAGCAUUUUUUGAAAAGGAUCUUCUUGUAAUCCUGCAUUGCUUCCGAAUAUAUCAUUUAAAAUGGGUAGAGGACGUAGAUGGCAACUAUCAAGUCCGCUUGGCUGGCGAAACCUUUCAUUUGAUAGCGCUCAAAAUAUCAGAUACAAAUGAUUAUUAUAAAUUUGUUUUGCACAAUGUUACACGGAUUAUUCCCAGAUUAAGUCUUGUUAAAUAUGCAACAUCGCACGGUGCGUUCGUUGCUCCUGAAAACUGGAACACAUUUGGAUGGUAUUUAAAGCAUAGCAGAUACAUCAGCUGCUUGAAAGAUUUUGCAAAGCAGUAUCGAAAAACAUAUCCAGAAUUGUUCAAACUAGAACCACUGGUGCCGGACAGCAUCAUCGUUCAGCUUCGCAAAUUCCGUAACUGGGCAACUGAACGUGGAGUUACACCAAUGAUAUUCUCUGGCACAUUACUUGGUUAUCUACUACUUGCUUUGCUCUUUUAUCUAAAACAGAAAACAUAUGCCUGUGGGAAAAUGUCGAAGGAAAUCUGCUUGUUAAGGAAAACAGCGAUAAUGCAAGAGAGUUUAAGGUGUAAAUGGUUUACGCAUUAUGCGGACAAUAUGAUUUGA